AGAAAGGUAUAAAUGUUUAUAUUUUUAGACAGUUUUUAUUGGAAUAAAUACAAUUUUAAGCAAGUCAAAAGAUUCCAUAAAUUUCCUGGGAUUAGGAUUCAAUUUAGAUUUGAUUAAGAAUUCAUUAGUUGCAAUAAUAAAGGUCUUCAGAAGGGUAAUAAGUCAAAUCUCUCUCUCCGUAUGUGUGCAUGUGCGUGUGUGUGUGUGUGUGUGUGUGUGUAUAAAUGUCAGCGUACUCAUUUACCAGGUCCUUGCUGACUAAUAUGGGUCUCAGUCAUAUUUUUUUCAUUUUCAUACAGCAAUUAAAUCAGUGUGCAGAAAUACCCUGCUUGUGUAAGUGAUUAAAAAAAUUCCCAUUUGAUUGAGAUUUAUAAUUCGAUAGCUUGUGCACGGUUGUGUUUUUGCAUCAGCGUUUGUUCUUUGGUUCAUCAAAUGAAAGGACUGAGAAAAGUUCAUGAAAAUUAGCUGAGUGCUCAAACAGGCCUCGGUGGAUGAGAUAAAGCGUACUGUUGCACUUCGGUCGGAAAACUUCGACAUUGUAAUUUAAUAUUUAUGUACUGUAGCUCUAUCUAUCUAUCUAUCUAUCUAUCUAUCUAUCUGUCUGUCUGUCUGUCUGUCUGUCUGUCUGUCUGUCUGUCUGUCAUUUGGGACAAAAAAUGAAUGUUGGGAAUGAUCUAUAUAAUGCCUGAAGCCAUACAAGGUUUUAUUAUGAAUAUAAUAAAACGAUUAAAUAUUGAUUUAAGUCUAGUCUCAGUCUUGUAGUAUUUAUAAGAUUCCUUAUAAACUGCAGGUCUUCUAGACCCUCAUUAGGCUUCUUAAUUUUCCACUUUAUAAAUACACCCCCAAAUGCUCCAUAAAAUUACAGGAGGUUGGUGUUGGAGGGAAAAAGCCCCACUUACAAACAAGUUAAUACAUAAAUAAACACACACAGUUUUCACUUUUAGUAUUUUUUUUUUUUUUUUUAAAAAGAAAACCCCCUCGAUUUUAGUGCUACUGACUGGGUCCCUCAUUUUGCAUUUUCCAGGUCCAUGAUCUUAAAAUCACUGCAGGUGUGUGUGUGUGUGUGUGUGUGUGUGUGUGUGUGUGUGUGUGUGUGUGUUGUAAGAGCUGCGCGCGUGCGUGUCAAAAAUAAAUAGUGCAUAAUAUCAGUAUAAAAACUAAUGUCGCAUUUUUUUUUUUUUUUUUUUUUAAAGAAUAAAAAAAAGAGAGAAAAAAAAAUUCACAUUUGCUGACACUGUGUUAAAUACAGGACUGUUAUAAAAAAAUCGUUGUUAUUCAUUUCCUGGAAGAAAAAGCACAGAGGAGUGAAACUGCUUAGUCAAACCUGGAGAAGCCGGAGAGAGAGAGAGAGAGAGAGAGAGAGAGAGAGAGAGAGAGAUUUGAAUGCGUGAAAUGCUGCAGAACAGAUGCAGAUCGCACAGCAGAUGUAAUAAUAAAGACUGACAUGCUGUUUGUGCUAUAAAAUAGGAUUAAACAAAAUAAUAAAAAAGAAGGGAAGUAAAUGUCGGGGCGCCGUCAAUAAAAUCGGUUGAAAGCAAUUAAAAGCUGCAUUUUUCCCUCAUCAGCAGUCUGACAUGAAGAGAUCUGUAAUAAAACACAAUUCUACAGGAGCUCUGAGAUCUCAACUCAUACACUCAAUCAUUUCACUUCAACUUUCAUUAUUAAUCAAUAAAUAAAUAAAUAAAUAAACAAAUAAAUACACAAAUAAAUACACAAAUAAAUAAAUAAAUACACAAAUAACAGAAUAUUAUUAAAUAACAAUAUAAUAAAAUACAUAUAAAAGCAGAUUUAUAAUAAAGUGGAAAAUCAGUGAUCAUGUGACUGUUGCACGCGUGUAAACUGCGCUUUUAUAUUUAUAGGCGACAUUAAAUAUUUUUAUUGCUCUACGGUGAUUUACUGAGGGCAGAAAAUAACUAACUAACCAACCAACUAACUAACUAACAAAUAAAUAAAUAAAUAAAUAAAUAAAUAAAUAAAUAAGAUACUUGUAGCCUGCUCUCCUCUCAAAAGUAAGAAAAAAAAAAGAAUCCAAAUCUAUCUAUCUAUCUAUCUAUCUAUCUAUCUAUCUAUCUAUCUAUCUAUCUAUCUAUCUAUCUAUCUAUCUAUCUAUCCAUCCAUCUAUCUAUCUAUCUAUCAUCCAUCCAUCCAUCCAUCCAUCCAUCCAUCCAUUUAACGGUCACAAUGUUUUGGUGGUGAAUUCAGGCCAAAUUGUCUCCAUGAUUAACGGCUAAAAAUAAAAUCAUGAUGAUAAUGACUCACAAUAAUGAAAAUGAUAAUAAUAAUAAAAAGAAGAAGAAGAAGAAGAAGAAGAAGAAGAAGAACAGUUCAGGACUGUAACUCGAAAUGACCAAAAAAAAUUAGAACUCGUGUCACUAUAAGUAACUUCUCAAAGUUAAACAAGUCGCGACGUCUGAUAAGGUACACUAGAGUCUGUCUGUCUGUCUGUCUGUCACACUAACACACACACACACACACACGCACACACACGCACACGCGCGCGCGGAACACGUGGAAAGUCAGCGCACGCUCCUGCUUUGGAUGAAAUUCCUGCAUGUGGGAUGAAUUUAUUAGUGCUGAUGUUGGAGUCUAGAAGAAGAGGGCAGUUGGAGUUUGGGGUUUAGUUGUUGAGGGUUAAUUUUUUUGUUUUGGGUGGUAGAGUCUUUUUUUUUUGGAGGAGGGGUUUGGGGGGUUAAUUGAACCUUAAAAAUACGAAUCAUCUGCUUGUGUCUAUUCGGAUUCAUCCCUGAAUUUUUAUAUUUCAAUAUUCUUGAAUAAAACAUGGUUUGAAGUACGCCAUGAAACGGAGACCACGAGUUUCUUGUGUACACAAACACCCACCCACACCCACCCACACACACACACACACACACACACACACACACACUAACUAACGCGCUUGAUCAACUCCUUCUACGCGAAGCGGCCGGUGGCGGUGUUGGUGGUUGUCAGAGGUGUCGAAGGUGUCAGAGGUGUCGGUGUAGUGACGUCACAAUUCUGCUCAUGCAAAUGAAGUAAAGUAGAAAGAAGAAGAGGAGAAGAAAACGCGAUGUGCGGAUCCUCCAAAAACCUAGGAGAGUGUACAAGUGCUCGGAGUGCGGGAGCGAGUGUGUGUGUGUAUGUGUGUGUGUGUGUGUGUUUGUGCGCGAGCGUGAGCGCGCGCGCGCGUGUGUGUGUGUGUGUGUGUGAAAACACACAGCGCGCUAAAGAGAGCUACAAAUCCGGCCCAGAUGCAGCCGAGAGUCCGAGCGCGCUCCAUUUUCCUCUAAACCAAACAACAACAACAACAACAACAACCAACACACCAGCUGAAACCCCUCCUCACUGCACCGGAGACGCGUCCGCGUCCGACUGCCCACGGACUGAGGAUUUUACACUGCACCGACCAUGACGACAAAUGGAUCCGGAGGAAUAAUAAGUAAUGAACAAUAAUUCAUAAUAAUAAUAAUAAUAAUAAUAAUAAUAAAACCCCAGGCGAGAUUAAAGGAGUAUAAAGCAGCCGCCGGGCAGGACGUCAUGACCGCGCAGUGACAGCAGCAGCAGCGAGCCGCAGCGCCGCAGAGAGACACAGAGAGACUCAGAGAGACACAGAGAGACACAGAGAAAAAGCCUCCCGGAGACAACUUUCCCCCUCUGCCCUCUGCUGCCACUCUCACCCCGAACAUGGAUGAGUUCCAUCCGUUCAUUGAGGCGCUCCUGCCGCAUGUCCGAGCCUUUGCCUACACCUGGUUCAACCUUCAGGCGCGCAAACGCAAGUACUUCAAAAAGCAUGAGAAGCGCAUGACCAAAGACGAGGAGCGCGCCGUCAAGGAUGAGCUGCUGGGCGAAAAGCCUGAGGUCAAGCAGAAGUGGGCGUCACGCCUGCUUGCCAAGCUGCGCAAGGACAUCCGGCCCGAGUGCCGCGAGGACUUUGUUCUUUCCAUCACAGGAAAGAAGGCACCCUGCUGCGUGCUCUCCAACCCUGACCAGAAGGGCAAGAUGAGAAGGAUCGACUGCCUGAGGCAAGCCGACAAGGUGUGGAGACUUGACCUGGUCAUGGUGAUCCUGUUCAAGGGGAUUCCUUUGGAAAGCACGGACGGUGAGCGCCUGGUGAAGGGUCCGCAGUGCUCCAACCACAUCUUGUGCGUCCAGCCGCACCACAUCAGCGUCUCAGUCAAGGAGCUGGAUCUCUACCUGGCCUACUUUGUGCAGGAGAGAGAGGCGGCGGAGCAGGGCAGUAGUCCUCGCACCGGUAUCGGCUCUGACCAAGAAGACAGUCGAGCCGCCACAAUGGAUGGACCCGAGUUUCAGGAGAGCUUCAUAACCUCGGGAGUGUUCAACGUGACUGAACUGGUACAAGUAUCCAGAACACCGGUGGUGACGGGAACCGGGCCGAACUUCUCUCUGGGCGAGCUGCAGGGACACCUGGCUUACGAUCUGAACCCCACAGGCGUGACCAUGAGGAGAACCUUACCCAGCACAUCCUCCAGCGGGAGUAAAAGGCAGAAGUCCAGCUCUGUGGAGGGAGACAUCGACACCAGCCCCGGGGGUGAAUACUACACCUCACCCAACUCUCCCGCGAGCAGCUCCCGACACUGGCAGGACGAGAUGGAAGGAGGUAUCUCACCGGUAAAGAAGACUGAGAUGGACAGUCCAUCUCCUCAGGAGAGUUCUCCACGCCUUGGCAGCUUCACACAACACCACAGACCUGUCAUUGCGGUGCACAGCGGUUUGUGUUUCCCAGCAGGUAUCUCGCGGAGUCCGCACCCAUCGUCCUCGCUGCAUUUUUCCACGGCCCCCAUCCUGCCGCAGCCCACCUCCACCUACUUCCCCCACACGGCCAUCCGCUACCCACCCCACCUCACUUCACAGGACCCGCUCAAGGACCUGGUCACCAUGGCCUGCGACCCGUCCAAUCAGCAGCCCAGUCCGCUGAAUGGCAGUGGUCAGGUGAAGGUCCCCCACUACAUCUCCUCUCAGAUGUUGGCCCCCCCGCCUCCCCCGGCCCUGCCUCGCCUCACGCUGCCCCCCGACUCCAAACCCAGCAGCACUUCGCCAGACGCAGCCGACACCUCGCCCACCUCCCCCACAUACUCUGCUCCCGGGACACCACCUGCCAACCGCUCCUUUGUAGGAAUCGGCCCCCGAGACCCUGCAAGUCUGUAUCAGGCUCAGUCCUGGUAUCUGGGGAACUGAUCCGGACUUGGCGGACACACCAAAGUGGGGCGUGGACACAGAUUUGAAAUUCAAUAUUUUCUUCUUUUUUGUGGAAUUAUGAAAAAAAAAAGAGAAAGAUGCAAGAGGGAAGAUUUGAUGAUAUAUGCAGUAUUUGUAUAUAUAUAUAUAUAUAUAUAUAUAUAUAUAUAUAUAUAUAUAUAUACAGCAUACACGUGUUACACCUCGUAACAUGCGUCAAGCUACACGAAACGCUUCAGUAAUCUUUUUUUUUUUGUUGAAAGACAUCGAAUGUCGGAGGAGCUCGAACAGACUGCGGAUGCAUGAGAACAGAAGAGUGAGGAUGGAUUUUGAAUUUUUUUUUCCGAGGGGAGGCCACACACACUGCAGGCCAGAGACUGGAGCGUGCAGGAUAAAAAAAAAACUAAUGGGAAAUAUAUAUAUAAACCAACAUCCACUUUGCUUCCCCCUGGCUGGUGGAAAUGGAUAGGCCCUCCUCAGCCUCCCUCUGCUACAGGUGCUGCUUCCUCAUAUAUGCAAAAUACGUAUGUUUUCUUUCCAGGGAAAGGAAGCCCUGAUGAUGGACGGGGGGAUUUUAAGCGCUUUAGGACUUUUUCCCCAACGCCUUCACAGCUGAUUGUGUCCCUCUUUUUAGUUUUUUUUCUUCCUCUUUUUAUUUCAAGCAAAUUUUGAAUGUGGGCUUUUGGGGCAAAAAACAAAAAAAAACGAAGGGUCAACGACUUCCCCCUUGAUUUCCCUUCAAAAUAGCCGCAUUUUCAUUCACUUCUAUUGACAAUCAUGCUUUAUUUUUUUCAUUUUCUUCCUUUUUUUUAUCUGACACGUAUUAGAGAUCCACUUUUUGGUGGAUGCCUACAUUUUUUUUCUUUUCUUUUUUUGAUGACGUGGUACGUCUGUGGCAUUAGAAGUCACAGACAGUGUGUGUGAUAUUGAUAAAUAGAUAGUUAUAGUAAUAGGGCACAUUAUGCUCAUAUAUAAAUAUAUACAGACACACACACACACACACACACACACACUCAUCUACAUCGACAUGCCCGUACAAACAGUCUUCAGAAAUGGCUUGUACUGUUAAUACACUAAGCAUUUUGUGGCCAAUCGAAGCCUGCGGAUGAUGAUGGAGGGGGCGGAGCAAAUUUUUUGUCUUUUCUGUGUCACGCUGAAAAUCCAUCAUUGUUUAAGUAGAGAGUUUGUGGGUGUGUGUGUGUGGGGGAGUCUGGAUGGAUGGCGUGUGGGUGGGUAGUCCGUGUACGUUUUUGCGUUCACGCUUUUUUCCAAAACGAACCUUUUUUUUCUCAUUUUCAUAAAAACAAAAUCUGACAAAAAUCUGCGGGGAAAAAAUGAAGAGGAUUGCAAUAUUCGUUAAUCAGAGCACUUCGAGAAUCCAGUACUUUUUUCCAAUUAUUUCUUCUUUUUUUUCAUAACCAAAUGCCGAUUUGCAAAUUUUUUCAUUGCGGUUCAUUUUUGGCGAAACAACACGAGGGUCCGAAGGGCCGCCAUUAAUCGAUAAUUCACCCUUUUAAUUACUGAACCUUGUGAAAAACAUGCAAUAUAAUUAUAUAUCCCAUAUGGCCAAAAGUUUGUGGACACCUGACCAUUUAAGAUUAUAAGUGCUUUUUGAACAUCCCAUUCAACAUUGACUCCCUAUAAUUA